GAGCCCGGCGGGACGGACCAGCGGCACCGCCGAGGCGGCGUUUCCUGCGCGGCGGCUCUGGGCAGGGCCGGGACGCGGUCGGGCAGCGGCUGCUCGGGUCGCCCCGCCGGGCCCGGCGCUCCCCGGCCUCGCCAUGCAGCGCUUCACCGUGAACAUCAAGCUGCCGGCGCGGACCCUGACGGGCGCCCUGAGCGCGCCGAACAAGGGGGCGGCGGACUGGGGCUGGCAAGGUUUGAUUGCAUAUGGAUGUCAUUCUCUUGUGCUGAUAGUUGAUGCCAAUACUGCUCAGACUUUACAGGUUUUGGAAAGACACAAAGCUAGUGUUGUCAAGGUUAAAUGGGCCAAAGAAAAUUACCAUCACAAUAUUGGCUCUCCGUAUUCUUUGCGUUUAGCUUCUGCUGAUGCUACUGGAAAAAUAAUUGUGUGGGAUGUGGCAACAGGAACAGCUCGUUGUGAAAUACAAGAACAUGCAAAACCAAUUCAAGACAUGCAGUGGUUGUGGAAUCAAGAUGCUUCUAGAGAUUUGCUGCUUGCUGUUCAUCCGCCCAACUAUAUUGUACUGUGGAAUGCAGACACAGGCACCAAACUUUGGAAGAAAAGUUACGCUGAAAAUAUUCUGUCGUUUUCAUUUGACCCCUUUGAUCCAUCACGCUUAGCUUUGCUCACCAGUGAAGGAAUAGUGUUCAUCUCCGACUUCUCUCCUUCCAAAGCUCCUGCCAGCUCAGGGAAGAAAGUUUACAUCUCUAGUCCCCAUUCCAGUCCUUCUCACAACAAGUUGGCUGCUGCUACAGGGGCCAAAAAGGCCCUUGAUAAAGUAAAAAUCUUAAUCAGCAAUGAAAAACCAAGUGCUGAAUCUGUGACACUCAACGACUGUCUUCAGUUGUCAUAUUUGCCUUCCAAAAGAAACUACAUGCUGUUAUUGUAUCCCAGAGAAAUUUUGAUUCUUGACUUGGAAGUGAAUCAGACAGUGGGUGUGAUUGCAAUUGAGAGAACAGGUGUGCCUUUCCUACAGGUAAUUCCUUGUUUUCAGCGUGAUGGGUUAUUUUGUCUCCAUGAAAAUGGUUGUAUAACUUUAAGAGUUCGCAGAUCUAACUGCAGUAUAACUGGAACUCCAAAUGAAGAGCCAGAUCCAGACCCAGUUCAGGAGCUGAUUUAUGAUUUAAGAAGUCAGUGUGAUGCCAUCAGAGUCACAAAAACCGUUCGACCCUUCAGCAUGGUGUGUUGCCCGGUGAAUGAGAACUCUGCAGCUCUCAUAGUCAGUGAUGGCAGGGUAAUGAUCUGGGAAUUAAAAUCCAGUGUUUCUGGCAGAAAUGUGCGUAACAGCAGUUCAGGUGCAUCACCUCUGUAUUCCCCUGUCUCAUUCUGUGGAAUUCCUGUAGGAACAUUCCAAAAUAAACUUCCAGACCUCUCGUUAGACAACAUGAUUGCAGGACAAGGCACAGUUGCUGGAGAAGAACAAUUAAGAGGUUCUUUUCUGCAAGAAGUGCACCUCAAAUUUCUGCUGACUGGGCUCCUUUCAGGCCUUCCUUUGCCUCCGUUUGCCAUCCGCAUGUGCCCACCUCUUACAACAAAAAAUAUUAAACAGUAUGAGCCCAUCCUUGCUGUUGGUACAAGUAAUGGCUCUGUCCUGGUGUUCCAUCUGACAAGUGGACUCUUACACAAAGAGUUAAGCAUCCAUUCCUGUGAAGUCAAGGGAAUUGAGUGGAUCAGCUUGACUGGGUUUAUUUCCUUUGCCACAUCAACACCGAACAACCUGGGGCUGGUAAGGAAUGAGCUGCAGCUGGUGGACCUGCCAACAGGCAGGAGCGUCGCAUUCCGCGGAGAACGAGGCAAUGAUGAACCAGCUAUUGAAAUGAUAAAGGUGUCUCAUUUGAAGCAGUACCUAGCUGUAGUAUUUAAAGACAAACCACUGGAGAUCUGGGAUGUCAGAACAUGCACUCUGCUCAGAGAAAUGUCUAAAAACUUCCCUAUAGCAACAGCUUUGGAGUGGUCACCUUCUCAUAACUUAAAGAGCCUGAGGAAGAAGCAGUUGGCAGCUCGAGAGGCCAUGGCCCGACAGACGGUUGCGUCAGACACUGAAGUCAGCAGCGUCGAAUCUUCUGUUAUCAGCUUGUUACAGGAAGCUGAAAGCAAAUCGGAGCUGAGCCACAACAUUUCUGCCAGAGAGCACUUUGUGUUUACAGCUGCUGAUGGGCAGGUUUAUCAUCUCACAGUGGAAGGAAACUCAGUAAAAGACAGUGCAAGAAUUCCUCCUGAUGGAAGCAUGGGCAGCAUCACAUGCAUCGCCUGGAAAGGGGAUAUCCUGGUUCUUGGAGAUGUUGAUGGGAACUUAAACUUCUGGGAUUUGAAAGCCAGAGUAUCCAGGGGCAUUCCUACACACCGAAGCUGGGUGAAAAAGAUACGAUUUGCUCCAGGGAAAGGAAAUCAUAAACUUCUUGCCAUGUACAACGAUGGAGCAGAAAUUUGGGAUUCAAAGGAGGUACAGAUGGUGAGCAGUUUGAGAAGUGGAAGAAACGUGAAUUUCCGAAUCCUGGAUGUGGACUGGUGCACUUCAGACAAAGUGGUCCUGGCGUCCGACGAUGGGUGCAUCCGAGUUCUAGACUUGUCCAUGAAACCAUCGUGUUUUAGAAUGGAUGAGCAGGACUUAAUAGAACCUGCAUGGUGUCCCUAUCUGCUUGUUCCAAGGGCUUCAUUAGCUUUAAAAGCAUUCUUGUUGCAUCAGCCAUGGAAUGAGAAGUACUCUCUAGAUAUUAUGAAUAUUGAUUACCCAGAGAAUGAAAAUAUUAAAAACCUUCUUCAGGAGCAGUUGAAUUCGUUGUCCAAUGACAUAAAGAAACUUUUGCUUGAUCCAGAUUUUACUCUCUUGCAGAGAUGUCUCCUGGUUGCCAGACUCUAUGGGGAUGAAUCAGAACUGCAUUUCUGGACCAUUGCUGCCCACUAUUUGCACAGCUUAUCCCAGGAAAAGCCUGAAAAACCAGCGGACACAGGUGUCCUUCCAGAGCAGUUGGUUAAUCCCUUGGAUAUCUGCUAUGACAUACUGUGUGAAAAUUAUUACUUCCAGAAAUUCCAACUUGAAAGGGUAAAUCUCCAGGAAGUGAAGAGAUCAACGUAUGAUCAUACCAGGAAAUGUGCUGAUCAGCUUCUUCUCUUGGGCCAGACUGACAGAGCAGUACAACUCUUGUUAGAAACAAGUUCAGAGAAUGCACAUUAUUACUGCGAUUCACUCAAAGCUUGCUUGGUCACAACUGUCACCUCAUCAGGUCCAUCUCAAAGUACCAUUAAACUGGUAGCAACCAACAUGAUCGCCAAUGGAAAGCUUGCAGAGGGUGUGCAGUUGCUGUGUCUGAUCGAUAAGGCUGCUGAUGCCUGUCGCUACUUGCAAACUUACGGUGAAUGGAAUCGCGCGGCUUGGCUUGCAAAGGUUCGUUUGAACUCAGAGGAGUGUGCUGACGUGUUGAAGCGUUGGGUGGAUCACCUUUGCUCUCCACAAGUCAACCAGAAGUCCAAAGCCAUUCUGGUCCUCUUGUCACUUGGGUGCUUUACAAAAGUUGCUGAGAUGUUGCACAGUAUGAGGUACUUCGAUAGAGCAGCUUUAUUUGUUGAAGCUUGUCUGAAGUAUGGGGCGAUUGAAGUUAAUGAUGAUACAAAUAAAUUGAUCCACGCUGUAUAUGCAGAUUAUGCCAGAAGCUUGAAGCUCCUGGGCUUUAGGCAGGGAGCUGUUCUCUUUGCCUCAAAAGCAGGAGAAGCUGGGAAAGAGUUACUCAUGGAGCUCAAACAGCCUAAAGAGGACGUGACACAAGAGUAAGAAUUUCUUGUGGGUGAGAUUUGGGUUCUCUCUUGGACUAAGAUUCCACUGCGUGAAAAUACUUCUUCUUGAAUCACUGUAAUAGCUGAUAUCUGUGAUUUGAGCAAAUGUUGUUAAAUGUGUGUGGAUGCAAGAUUAAGAACGGUUUUAUGUUUGUUUUUUUGUUAAGAUUGUCUUUGUUUUCAUGAGAGGGGAAAGAAGCCUAUGAUAAAAUUAAACAAUACGAUUUCCAACUUUUUCAACUAUAGCAGAAGUCAAAAAUUUGCUGAAAGGGUUCUAUACCUGUGUAAAAGUCUACUCCGUUUACUUCUAAAAAUCAGAUCUUUAUAGUUCCUUACUGCUGUUGUAUUUGUAUGUAUAAAUGAUUCAAUCUGUACUAUAAAAAUAUAAAUAUAUUUAAAGAAUAAAUAGAGAUCACAAAACACACCAUUCUUUCCUGGAACAUUGUUUUCUCAAUCUGAUUUUUCUGUUCAAAAGUCCUCUUGUUUAAAUCACGUCACUCACUCUCUUGUCAUUUUGAUAACUGUUUGAAUGGAACCUUUAACAGGUUUACUUACGAAAGUCUCCUAACAUUCCAAAAAUCCAUGAAACGUCCUGUUUUUCAAUUAAGGUAUUGUUAUAGUUUGUGUUAUUCCAAAGUGUGCACUCCUUGCACACCUUAGGGACUAAAUUGUGCUGGUUCAUGGGAUGGAAGGAUGGGGGCAGAUCCUACCUCAAAAGCAGCCGGGUGGACUCCUGCAGAAUAUUCAGUCAUUGCUGUGUUUGUUAUUCGAUGCGUGUUCAACAACAGGUAGAAAACACAUUGUGCAAAUCCAAAAUGUUGGCUGUCUAAUUAGGUGCUUUUUGUGGUAGCACUUCUUAUGGUCCAGAUACUUAGGGACUCCACCAAAACCAUCUUUUCUCAUUUUUGGCCAGUAUUUAAGUACUCGUUUUCAUUAUUGUUUCUUGUGCCAGAUGUAUCCUUUCUAUUUAUUACUGAUUGACUGAGAAAUUUUGCAGUGGGUGCUGAUGCUAAAUUGCCCUUGCAAACUGAAGACUGCGGCAUGUGAAAAGUGGUCUUGGCUAAAAAAUAAAAGUAUUCUUUAUACCAAGUUGCUGGAGAUACUAAAGUUCAAUACAAAACAGUGAAAAGAAUCAUAUUGUGUAAAAAGGUCUCUCAUUUUAUUAUAAUUAAUGGCUUGUCUACUUAGAGUAAUACUGUAUUGGAUUCUCCUUAUGUUCAAGUAUUUGUGCAUAGUAUUUUCCAUGCCUUCCUAGACGAGCACCACUGUCAGGACGUCUUUAACUCCAUAAACCCUGUAAUUCAAAUCUAAAAUAACGUUUCUGAUAAAAUUUGAAUGGUUGGGCUUUUCAAUAAUGAUGUUUUCAUACGAAUUGAAAAUGUGAGUUUCAUUGUUCUAAACAGUGUUUUAACUGCAAUGUAUCUUAUUCUUUCGACAUCUUACAUACGCUACAAUGUACUUUCUGUUCAAUGUAUUGUGGACAAGGCUUAUAUAGUUACUUUAGCUUGGGGAAAGUAAGGACACAGUGAAAUUUGCCUUCAGUUGGUGGGCAACAGAGCUGAGCAUAAUUAAUUGUAAUUAACAAAAAGCUAAUUUCUGGCUCUCAUUGACUACUACAUCAUUCCUCAGUUCCUCCUCUUUGAUUUGGUAGCAGUACUCAUGGCCAAGGCUACUGCAGAGUUACUGUGAGCACACGCAAACUUGUUCUUUCACAGAUCACGAAGAAUUGUUUGUCAGUGGGUCUCUGGGUCUCUGCUUUAAUAUACAUUUGGAUUUACAAAUGUAAUGUUUAAAAACCAACACAUCGCAAAGGCCUUUAAAUACUGAAUGUUUCUAUAAACUUCUGAAUGUUUCUAUAAACUUUAAAGUGUGAAGGUUGCGGAAUACUGCACGGCAUUCCCAGCUGAAACCUUUAUGAUGAAAAUAGAGUGUAGAAGUGAGUGAAAAGUUUAUUUAGAUAAUAAUAAUACAGUAAUAAAAAAACUUUAAAAAUCUCUUUGUGUCUUCAUUUAAUACAAAAAAGUAAUCUGUUGUACUGGGAUUGAAUGCAGGUUGUAUCAUUGUCGUCAAUUUGCCUUCCUGACUGGGACAAUGCUCAGGACUGGUUUUAGUAGAGGAGGUGAUUAUCUGUGCUAUGUAUUAGUCAUAUUUUCCAUAUUAGUACUAAUGAAAUGUUUUGAGUAGUAUUAAUCCACAAACUUAACUAGCAAACAUGAAAUUUCUACAGGUUAAUUGGAGCAGGACAUUGUCAGCACUUUCUGAGAGUUUGGAACGUGAACUGAAUGAUAUUUUUUUUUUAAAGUUUCCAAUAAAUACGACUUUAACUCCUUCAAA